AUGGGGCCCGGGGGGCCCCCCGAGGGUACUUUGGGGGCCUCCUCCCCCGGGGGCCCCCCUGGGGGCUCUCCUGGGGGCCCCCCUGGGGGCCCCCCGGAGGGUGCUGGGGUGGGGGCCCCCAGCGGGGGCCCCCCAGAGGGUACCGGGGGGGGGACCCCCGGGGGGCCCCCAGAGGGUACUGGGGGCCUCCCAUGGGGGCCCCUGGCCCUCAGGGCCUACAAAACCUUCGGGGGGCCCCCCGGGGGCCCCCGGAAGUUUGGGGCCUUUAAAACCUUCUUGGGGGGCCCCUCUAGUGAGCUUCCGCUGCUGCAGCACGGAAGUUCGGGCCGGAAUAUCAGCAGCAGCAGCAGCAGCAGUGCUGCUGCUGCUGCUGCGCAACUCUUUGGGGCUCACUGGCAGCAGCUGCAGCGGCUUGCUGCAGCUGAAAGGAACAAAGAAGAGUCCCCCGAUGCAGCAGCAGCAGCAGCAGCAAGCAGCAGCAGCAAAGCAGCAACAGACUCUGAACAGAACGAAGCCAGCCCAGCAGCAGCAGCAGCAGCAGCAGCAACAGCAGCAACAGGGUGGAGUUUCCCCGAGCUGCUGCGGCUGCAUGCAGCAGCAGCAGGGAAGCAAGAGAGACAAAAGGAGACAGCGGGCAGCAGCAGCAGAAAAGAAUCUAGAGGCCAAAUCCGCAGCAGCAGCAGCAGCAGCAGUAGCGACGAAGAGUUCUUUUUGCUGCAGCUCAAAAACGGAAGCCCAAAAGGACUUGUGUCUCUGGCGCUAACUUUUACAGUGGGACUUAUGAAGUUCUUGAGAGACAAAAAAGACACUCGAGAAGCUGUUGUGCUUUGCUGCAGCACAGGAGACACAGCAGCAGCAGCAGCAGAAGGGUUUAAGAAUAUUUGUGGUCGAGUCCAGGCUUAA